AUGGCGUCCCCGUUCUGCGCCGCUGCCGCCGCGUGCCGCCUCGCCGUCCCCGCCCCGUCCCCUCCCGCCGCACGGGCGCCUAGGCCCCGGGGCGGCCUGGUGGCGGUGCGCGCGGAGGCCGGCGGCGGGAUAAACCCGACCAUCCGGAAGGAGGAGGACAAGGUGGUCGACACCGUCCUCACCGGCGAGCUCGCCAAGCCGCUCACCGCCUACUGCCGGUGUUGGAGAUCAGGGACAUUCCCACUGUGCGAUGGAACCCAUGUGAAGCACAACAAAGCAACCGGUGAUAAUGUUGGCCCCCUGCUCGUUAAGAAGUAG